CGCCGUUGUCGUGGUGAUGAGUCUGUCGGGCCUCGGCGGCUGAGGAGCGGCUGAGAGUCGGGGGGCCGUGAUAUGCGAAUCCGACAUGGCUGAGCUGGGAUUAAAUGAACAUCAUCAGAAUGCAGUAAUCAGCUACAUGCGCUUUGCUCGUUCGAAAAGAGCAUUGAGAUUGAAAACCGUCGAUUCUUGCUUUCAAGAUCUGAAGGACAGCAGACUGACUGAAGACACAUUUACUGUGGAUGAAGUAACAGAAAUUCUAGAUGGACUGAAGGUUGUUGUUCAUAGUGAGGUAGAGUCCGAGCUCAUCAACACCACCUACACUAAUGUGCUGCUUCUGCGUCAGUUGUUCUGCCAGGCUGAGAAAUGGUACCUGAAGUUGCAAACGGACAUUUCUGAUCUGGAAAACAGAGAGCUCUUGGAACAAGUGGCAGAAUUUGAAAAGACAGAAUUUACUUCAUCAGGAAAAAAGGCAAGCACAGAAAUCAGUAAACCAAAACUUGCACCAUUAAAUGAAGGAGGAGUGUCAGAACUCUUGAGCAAGGAAAUUACACGACUCCAAGAGGAGAAUGAUAAGCUGAAAUCAAGACUAAAAACUGUAGAAGCACAGGCUACGAAUGCACUGGAUGAAAAGUUCAAAUUAGAGUGCGUUCUUAAGGAUUUAGAAAAAUCCCAAGAGGAUCAAGAGUCCAAAUUGAAAACACAGGAGGUUGCUGAUCUUGAAGCAACAUUGGCCACACUGAAGGCUGAUUUUGAGAAGAGCCUGAAUAAGAGCAGUGAGAACCAGAAAAGUUUAGAAAAUAAUCUCAUUGCCACCAAACAUGAUCUGCUAAAAGUACAAGAAGAUCUUUUGUUAGCUGAGAAGGAAUUAGAGAAGAAAUUUCAGGAAACAGCCGCUUAUCGCAACAUGAAAGAAUUAUUAACAAAGAAGAAUGAGCAAGUAAAGGAAUUACGCAAACGCCUUUCACAGUAUGAAGCAGAAGACUAAAGGCAUUGUUGGAUUCUUGUCAAGGUGCUUCAGAAAAUAAAUUUUAAUGAUCUUUUUCCAUAUUUAAGGGAUCUUAUUUAGAAUUGUUUGUUUUGACAUUUUUGCUUUAAAUUAAAAGUUGCUACAUAUAUUUUAAUGUCAUGGGUCCAUAUACUUUUCUUGCGAACAGCUGCACUUUUGAAUGCGUAUACAUUAAGUGAUGCUGUAACCUGUAAUCAUGAAUCACUAGUCAUUUCUAUUGACAAAACAGAUGGACAGUUAGUACUGUCAUGAAGAUUCAAUCAAAGCAAUGAAUUACCUUAUCAUUUGCUUAAGUAAAAGAACUUGCAGACCCUCAUUAUGUUCUCAUAUCGACAAGAUUAUUUUAAUCCAAUAAAUCUACUUGAAGUGCAGGCACUUAAAUUCAGAGAAACUUAAGUGUCUUUUUUCAAGUUAACACUUGUGGGAGUUUCUUGGUCAUGAUUUCACAGUCAUAACUUAGUUUUGAUUAUCAAUCAGAGUAGUGAUUGUAUAUGAUAUUGCUAAGACUUUUUCAGUACUUUCCUUUGCAGAACCAGCUUUUGCAGAAAGGAAACUUAUUGUAAGACUUUCUUAGAGAUGAAUAUCCUUGCCAGUAUAUUAUUUCAUCAUGCAUUGAAUAGUUAAGAGAUAUUAUUAAAUCUAUUUUUCCAUCAAUUAUGUAGACUUUAGUGCUAUAACUGUAUUUCUUUUGAAAUUUAAUGCUCUUUGCUGUUAAACAUUGCUGCACCUCUAAGUAAUAAAUAUAUUUCUGCUUUGAAAGUUGGAACUUGCGUUAGCUUUUGUAUUCAUCUAUUAAAAAUAAAAUACAUUUUAAA